AUGGAUAAUAAUUUUGGUAGUAAUAGUAAUAGUAAUAGUAAUAAUAAUAGACCUAGAUUUAGUUUGAGCGGAAACAACACAAAUAGUAUAGGUAUUGGUGGUAAUAAUCCUCAAAAGAGACCACCAUCAAGAACACCAGGUAGACAAUCAAUUCAACCAUCCUCCUUUUACAGCAACAAUGAACGUACAAAUCCAAUAAAUUUUAAUACUAGUAUAAACAAUAACAACCCAGCAUUUUUAAAUGAAACAACACCAACAUUAAAACGUUCAUCACUUAGAUACUCCAUAUCUGGAGACACAAGUCAAAACUAUAAUAACAAACCUCCCCUCUCACAAUCACAAUUACAAACACAAAGACCACAACCACAACCACAACCACAACCACAACCACAACCACAACCACAACCACAACCACAACCUCCACAACCUACACCAGCCCCAUCAAUACCAACUCUUACCUCCAAUAGUAACUUUUUUAAUAAAUUCUUUAGUCAGCCACAACCCACAACACAACCUUCACAAGAACCUGUAUCACAACCAACUGUCAAUAAUAAUAAUAAUAAUAAUAAUAAUAAUAAUAUAAAUAAUAGAGAAGAUGAUGAAAUGAUAGACUAUCCAAAUGAAUCAUUAAUAUCAAGUACUAAUAGUAAAUUCCGAGCUACAACAACAAAUAAUAAUAUUCUAGCAACACCUGAAUCAAAUUUUAAAAAAUCAUUUAAUGGUACCAAUAGUAACUAUUUACAUAUUCCAAAUACACCAAAUGGAAGUGUUAAUAGUAAUGCACCAAAUACACCAGCAAAAAUGAGAAAGAAACCAGUUAGUGAGAAGAUAAAGGAUGUUUUUAAUUAUCCAUUGGAUAAGUUUGACGAAAUUCAAGAAAACAUUUCAACAUUUCAUCAUAGUCAAUAUUAUAAGAGCUCAAUCUAUGGAUUGGCUCUAUUGUUGAAUCUUUUAUUAUUAGGCUACUCAAUUGACCUCUUGAAUACUUUCUUUGCUUUUCUUUUACUCUUAUUCAGUAUAGCCAAUACUUUUAUUUAUUUCAAUACAACUAAAACCUCUUAUCUCUAUCGUUAUGAAGGUACAACUUUUAAAUCUCCAAAUAUGUCAAUCACCCAAAUCGAAUCUCCAUCUGGUUCAAUUGAUAAUGUUAUAGUUUUAAAAUCAUGGGAUCCAAAAUUCCCAUCAAGAGUUUUAUUUACAUUAUUCUCUCCACUACAUGUUUUAAUUAUGUCAAUAGCAGGUCCUGAAUUUGAUAAAUUUGUAAUUUAUACAAUGAUUGCUGUUGCUGUAUCUUAUUCUCUCCAUUACCUUGAUGAAAAAUAUGAAGAAAAGAUUGUUGAUGAAAAAAUCAUAUUCUCUCAAGUUGCUGCCGAAUAUAAUCAUUUCAUGAAAGUGCCACCUAUUUUAAUCAGUAAAGGUACUCAAACAUUUAAUCAAUAA